GACUCCAAAAUAACCGCAGAAAUAACCACAAGAAGAGGAAAUCAUCAUCCAGGAAUGACAAUGAAGAGUGUUGUAUCUCUGCUGGUGUUGCUGCACUGCUGUCUGUCUGGGGCCCAGGUCCACAGAGAUAGAGAUGGAGUCAGUGGGAAUGAGAUCCAGCAGGUUGACUAUGAGGACAGAGAGAGCAGAGGGAAUGACAUUCAGACUGACAAACAGAGAGCUGAAGCUGCAGCCUCAACACACAGCCAGCAAACCUGCCAGCCUGACAUCCACACUGUGCUGAGAGAACUGAGCAACAUGAUGGCGGAGCAGAGAGUUGAGCUGAGUCACACAAAGACUGAACUGGGAGCCAUGGAGGCCCGACUGAGAGACAGUGAGAGCCGACUGACAGCCAGUGAGAGCCAGGUGGAGGAACUGACCAAGAGGAAUGAAGCACAAGCAGUGAAACUAAUCUCCAUGGAGACUCGUUCUAACAUCACUGAGAGCCAUGUUGAAGUUCUGAAGAGAAACAGUCAAGACAGGAAGUUGGCUUUCUCAGCCUCACUAGAAGCACCUGGUCAACACGGAAACACUGGACCCUUCAACACUGGAAUCACCCUGGUCUACAGAAAUAUCUACACAAACAUUGGCAAUGCUUAUAACCCCACUACAGGGAUUUUCACGGCACCAGUGAGAGGACUCUACCUGUUCAGGUUUUACAUCUAUGGAGGGGGUGAUAGUUCAGUUCCUACAACUGCAGCCUUGCAUAAGAAUGGACAUCAAAUUGCUAUUGCACAUGCUGUCCAUGCUAGUGGUAGCAUUAGUUCCUCUAAUGGAGUGUCAGUGCUGCUGGAGGUAGGAGAUGUGGUCAACAUGCAUCUCUGGGCUGGGAGAAAGAUAUAUGAUAGUACAAAUCGCCACAGCACCUUCAGUGGUCAUCUGCUCUUCACUAUGUAAGAGGGUUGGUAAAAAACUAUCUGAUGGGGUGUGUUGUCUUUGUCAUGUUAAUAUUAGGUAACACUUUACUUGACACCCAGAGUCAUGACACGGUCAUAACCAUGUCAAUGAGUCAUAACAUCUGACAACUUGUCAUAACCUGUCAUAAUAUGGUUGUAACACUGUCAUGACACAUAUAUAGAGACCUGUUGUAACGUAUAUUACGUUAUUUUAUGGCUGGUUAUGACACCUACAUAAGAGUGUCAGAACCCACAAAACCUACCACCCAAGGCAAAAC